AUGCCUAGCCACAUUACCCGCCCAAGAGGUAGACCAAGACAAUGCGCAUAUUGUGACCGUGUCUUUACUAAAGAAGAACACCUGAAGCGUCACGAGAGAACUCAUACCGGAGAACGACCUUUCAAAUGUUACAAGUGCGGCAAGACUUAUGCGAGAAGUGACGUGCUUUUUCGACAUUUGCAAUCGCAUACCUCGACGGGCGGCAACGGCCAGAACGACGAACGACCCAGACGGCCCUCCUCCGAUGCUAUCUUGUUGGAAGAUGGCAAUACUUUAUCCCGGAAUAACCACAUGCAAUCGAGUCUAAACUCAGAGCGACAGUCGAAUACAUCCACUAAAUCUUCCAUUACGAGCGUUCAAAGAUGUAUCUCCCAACCAUUGCCGUGUCAUGAAACAUACAGACCAAGCUCUGCCAUGACCACGCCGCCUGUUCAAUCUAAACCAGGAGGUCUUCCACGUUCUGGACCUGAUGCGCCUGAGUUACAAGAUUAUAAUAUUAUGAACGAUUUGGUUGCUUUCAUCUCUGAAGAACCUUACGGCAAUAAUGACGAGGUCUCGGGCCAUGUCCAAAGAGAGGAAACCUGCGAAGCCAAUUCCCAAUGGCCACAAAAAAGACUACGAUUGUCGCCACAGUCUCUACAGAACAGCGAUACUAGUCCAGAACCUCUUACAGUUCCUCGGCUUUCCCAACCGCAGUUUGACUUCCACUCACUUUCCGCCCGUUCUUUGGAAGAGACCGAGCAAGGGUGUUUCUUAGAAGACUUGGAUCCAUCUAAUACGUUUAAUUUCAAUCUGUGGCGGUUUCCAGGCCAGAAUGGCAUGGAACCUAGCUUAGACAACAUGUAUAACUUCGGCUGCAAUAGCUCCGACCUCCAACCAUCGACACCCACUGCCGAUAGGGAAACAUGCAAUAUCGUCCCAAAGAGCAAUUUUUUUCUGGCCAUAUCAUUAGGUCAAACGCAAAAUCUACAAAGAAUAUGGUCAAGACAGCGACCAAAAGUGCCAGCGCCCAUUACCAAUAAAUUGUGGAGUGAGGUGACCAUGCACAAGGCUGAUAACAUUUUUACCAAACCGCAACAUGAUUUCAACAUUGGAAGCUAUCAGUUCUUGGGUUGCAAGGUGGAUCACAAGUGUAGGAAUCGUUUGAUACAGUAUUGUAAAGACCUUGAUAGCUCAUUCAGCUCGUCAACUACUACUAAUCAUAUCCCAAUGCCUGCUGUUGAUGUACUCGACUCAAGCCUGGACUUUUACUUCCAGUUUUUUCACCCGGUUUUACCGUUCAUACACAAGAGCACCUUUAACGCUAGAAGCACGCCGGCUCCUUUGCUAUUCGCAAUGUGUCUCGUUGGCUUAUCCUACCUACAUGGGAUAAGAACCAAAGACUUUCUCAUCAGAUACCUCAAAAAGUUAUUGCCAGCCUGCCUUGUUGAUUUGACGUCCAUGGAGGCUGCAACGUCCCAUAACCUCACCACUCUUGCGACUGUGCUUAUCGUAGCUUACUUGGCCCUGGGCUUUCGGGAUGACAUCGAUCUAUACCAAGCAUACGCAUUAUGUACCCAGACACUUCGUCUAGCAGACAAACAAGGCCUAUUUGCCGCCGAGGAUGGUGAUAAGUGGAUUUUUAAGAUUGAGAACGGGACAUUAGAUUCCGAUUCCAUUUGGGAGGCCUGGGGACGAGUCGAUCUUAUAUGCUGUCUUAUCUACCUCGACAUGGCAUAUUCACGAUUGAUGAACACAUCGGGUGUGAUUGAGAUAGACAAGGUCGAGAUCCAUCUACCUUGUGACGACAGUCUCUUCAACGACGCGACAACGGCCUCAGCUUUCCAGCGCCUCAUCCAGCAGGGUGCACAAAUGACAAUGCCUCAAGUGGAUGUACGGGACUUCCAGAGAACACCAUCAGCAAAACUAAAUCAAAGUUCAACUCAAACCCUUCUACGUUCUCUGUACCUAAGAAUUAUAGCAGCCAACACCAGGCUUUCGAACAAGCACAGCCAGAAGUCACAGUCCCGGCUAGCUAGUCCUAUUGAAAGAUUAGCGAUGGAUGAGGGUUCCAAGAAUAUUAUUUCUGACCUCGUACUACUACCAAAAAUGCACUCUCACUUCCUGGAGGGCAGACAGCAGAACAAUGCAUUGGGAUGGCAUUAUCUAUGCAUUCUGCUAACAGCCGACAUUGAUCUUUUGGAAACUGCCUGCGGUCGUGAUGGCAUGGAGGCUGCUGAGUGUUCCCUUAUUCAUGUUUUCGAGUGGUCACAGUCUAGCAGUGCUCGCAGGGCGCUACUCCAUGCUGCCCAGGUCUUCAGUAUGUUGGAUGUAUGCCAUAUCCGCGAAUCAUAUUUCACCCGGCCUGAUCUCGUCUUAUUUGUCUCAGCGCUUGUGAUAAGUCAGUAUUUUCUUGUCACUGGUAACAGAAGUGUAGGAUCUAAUGUACCUGUGUUUGAGCUUCUACAUGAUAUUGAUUGGACUACGGUGGGAGAUGAAGGUUUUGGCAGAGCUACUGGAUGUGUUUCUUCUAGCGUGGCACUAGCUUUUGAGCAAGAAAAGCUCACAUCAAACUCGUUAAGAGGUUUUUUGGAAAACGGGGGCCCCGUUUCGUUCGCUGGAGAAGCUCAAGGGCUUGGAGGUGUGACUGCUAAGAAGAUAGCAAGGAAGUUCGCCCACCUUAUGGAUAGGUUUGGAGAAUGGGAUGGAUGUAGCCAUUCCCGACUGCUGAGGGCAAUGUGCGGUUUUACAAAUGACUCAGAUUAA